UUAAUUCAACGUAUGAUUUGAGUGAAAGCCACAAACCCAUCCCACCUCAUAAAACCCCACAUUCUCUAAUCUCUCCGGACGACGGCGGCGGUGGGUCUAUAAAGCCAGAAUGUGGGGAAUGAAGAAUGAGUGAGUGAAGGUCGAAAGAAUAAAGAAAAUUUUAAAAUGAGAGAAGGCUCCAGCAGUAGUUUCCUCAACAGGUUUUCGCAUUACGCCUCUUUUUCCGAUCAUAUAUUCAAGCCGUUUAUAAAAUCUCCGGCCACUUUCUCUCUCUUGUUCUUGUUCUUCUCUCUCUUCCUUCUCGCCGGCAUCUUCCUCUCCACGCGCCUCCUUCAUUCCUCUACGGCAGCGUACAAUUUAACAAUAAAAGGGAGCGGGAAAUCCCAAUAUUACCCUAACGACACUUCCGAAGUCCCAGAAAACCCAAACCACCGACGACGACGACGUCAAGUCGAAUUCGCACUCGAUUGUACUUCCUUCAAUAACAUCACAGGAGGAGCCUGCCCUGCCAACUACCCCACCAAUAGGACUACUGACGAACAUGAGAACCGUCCAUCUUCAACCACGUGCCCCGAGUACUUCCGUUGGAUUCACGAGGACCUUAGACCGUGGGCCCGGACGGGGAUAUCGAGGGCCGCGGUGGAGGCUGGGCAACGGACGGCGAAUUUCCGGCUAGUGAUUCUGAAUGGGAAGGCUUACGUGGAGACUUAUAAGAAGUCGUUUCAAACGAGAGAUACUUUUACGCUGUGGGGGAUUCUACAGCUGUUACGGAGGUACCCCGGAAAAGUGGCUGAUUUGGAUCUUAUGUUUGAUUGCGUUGAUUGGCCUGUGAUUUUGAGCAGCCAUUUUAGUGGGCCUGAUGGGCCUACCCCACCUCCUUUGUUUCGUUAUUGUGGAGAUGAUCCCACGUUGGAUAUUGUUUUUCCUGAUUGGUCCUUCUGGGGAUGGCCAGAGAUCAAUAUAAAGCCAUGGGAGCCGUUGUUGAAGGAUCUAAAAGAAGGGAAUAAAAGGAUUUUAUGGAAGAGUAGAGAGCCUUAUGCAUACUGGAAAGGAAAUCCGGAGGUCGCCGACACCCGAAAAGAUCUACUCAAAUGCAAUGUCUCUGACCAACAAGACUGGAAUGCUCGUGUAUUUGCUCAGGAUUGGACGAAAGAAUCCCAGGAGGGAUACAAGCAAUCAGAUCUUUCAAACCAAUGCCUUCAUAGAUAUAAAAUCUAUAUAGAAGGAUCAGCUUGGUCUGUUAGUGAAAAGUACAUUCUUGCUUGUGAUUCCGUUACCUUAAUUGUAAAGCCCCAUUACUACGACUUCUUCACGAGAGGUUUGAUGCCAGUGCACCACUAUUGGCCUGUAAAGGAUGACGACAAGUGCAAGUCUAUAAAAUUUGCAGUUGAUUGGGGCAACAGCCAUAAGCAAAAGGCACAAGCCAUUGGUAAAGCAGCUAGCAGUUUCAUCCAAGAGGAGCUGAAGAUGGACUAUGUCUAUGACUACAUGUUCCAUCUUCUAAGUGAAUAUUCCAAACUCCUUACUUUCAAGCCAACGGUACCGCCCACUGCAAUCGAGCUUUGUUCUGAAGCCAUGGCUUGUCCAGCUGAAGGGCUCACCAAGAAAUUCAUGACAGAGUCAUUAGUGAAGAGGCCUGCAGAGUCGAACCCAUGCACAAUGCCUCCUCCAUAUGAUCCCGCAUCGCUUCAUUUUGUUCUUAGAAGAAAAGAGAAUUCAAUCAAACAAGUGGAAAAAUGGGAGACAAGUUUCUGGAAUACUCAAAGUAAGCAGCCAUAGAGAAAGACGCCCUUCUCCUUUUUAACUUUAAUACAGAAAGCUUUAUCAAUGAUAUGAUCGAAUCAUACAAAAACUCAUUUGGGUGUUCUCUUAAAUGUUAUUCUUUAAGUUGGAAUCUUUUUCUGAUCAAAACAUUAAGUGAAAGAAGGAACUCCCUUUAUGUAUAUAUAUAUAUAGAAUUACAACAGAUCAUCAAUA